UUGUUCUUUCUAUACACACACACAAUCUUGCCAGGUUGUAACAGUAAAACAAUUUAAUGAACUUAUUUUCUUUUGGGCAUGGCCAUCUUUGUAAGGUGAUUCCUAUGCUGAUUAUUUGAAAAGCAGCUUGACUGCAUUUUCUCCCUUCCAAUUUAUUUUGACCUCUGCCCUUAAAAAAGAGUUUAUUUUGACCUCCCGAACAAAAAAAAAAUUGUUUAUUUUGACCCUCACUAUCUCUAUAUAAACUCUUACCUUCCACAAUUUUAUUUUCUCUCCAAUGUAAACAUCUCUUCCCUCAUUAGAUCUUUUUUGGGAUAGCAACUAUGAAGUUCAUUCUCUUCCUUGCUUUAUCCCUCUUCCUCCGAGGAGCUCUUGGUGAUCUGAUAUGCGAGGAAUUACCAGUGGAGAUGUGUACGCUUUCAAUUGCAUCCGAUGGAAAGCGGUGUGUGUUGGAGAGUCGCCCGUCUGAUGAAGGAAAUUUGGAAUGCCAGACUUCAGAAGUGUAUGCAAGUAACAAAAUGUUGAUGGAAUAUAUAGAGACUAAUGAAUGUGUUGGUGCAUGUGGAGUUGAUAGGCAAUCUCUUGGACUGUCUUCGGACAACCUUCUUGAUUCUAAAUUCAUUGCCAAGCUCUGUUCACAUCAGUGUUACCACAACUGUCCCAACAUUGUUGAUCUUUACUCAAAUGUGGCUUCUGCAGAAGGAGUAUCUUUGGCCAAAAUGUGCUCGUCCCAGAAAAUUCGUCUUCCACGACGUGGAAUGUCUCAGCUCUUAAGUUCGGGUGCAGUUGCUCCGGUAGUUCAUGGAGGUGGCAGUACUCCAGUUUCUGAUGCACCUUCUCCUAGUGUUAGUGCCGGUAGUGCUCCUGUUUCUGAUGAUGCACUUCCUCCUACCUCUAGUGGCGGUAGUGAUCCUGUUUCUGAGGCACUUCCUCCUGCCGUUGGUGGCGGAAGUACUCCAGUUUCUGAUGCACUUCCUCCUACCGUUGGCGGCGGUAGUGAUCCUGUUUCUGUUGCACUUCCUCCUACCAUUAGUGGCGGUAGUGAUCCUGUUUCUGAUGCACUUCCUCCUGCCGUUAGUGAUGGAAGUACUCCAGUUUCUGAUGCACUUCCUCCUACCGUUGGUGGCGGUAGUGAUCCUGUUUCUGUUGCACUUCCUCCUACCGUUGGCGGCGGUAGUGAUCCUGUUUCUGUUGCACUUCCUCCUGCCGUGAGUGGCGGUAGUGAUCCUGUUUCUGACGCACUUCCUCCUGCCGUUGGUGGCGGAAGUACUCCAGUUUCUGAUGCACUUCCUCCUGCCGUGAGUGGCGGUAGUGAUCCUGUUUCUGACGCACUUCCUCCUGCCGUUGGUGGCGGAAGUACUCCAGUUUCUGAUGCACUUCCUCCUACCGCUAGCGGCGGAAGUACUCCAGUUUCUGACGCACUUCCUCCUACCAUUAGUGGUGGCAGUACUCCAGUUUCUGAUGCAGCUCCUCCUGUCGAUAGUGGUCCAGAUUCUGAAGCAGCUCCUCCUCUUUCUCAAUCUUGAGUUGAUUAUAUUAAGUGUUCCGAAUAAAUGUGCAGUACAUACACCCGCACACGUACGUUAUGACAAUAUGUAUGUUUGUCUAUCACAAUUAUCUCUUUUGAUGAUUUGAUAGAUGCAUUUAUUACUUGUAUUAUAAAGAGUACUCACUUGUUUAUUUAUACUAUAUGCUGUUCCUUGAGUGCAAACAGUUAAUAAAACCAACUUGGUAUUGGAAACAAGCAA